AUGGAGUUUAUGAGCGCCCUUGGUUCACAGGAGGAUGCCUACAGGCCCUCUUUGUUUGAACUUGAUGCACAACAAAAGCUACGAGAACUAUUACAACCUGCUGUGCAGUAUGCUGUUGCAAUUUAUGCACAACGCUAUCCACGUCUCCUUAUUCGUCUUGUGAACCAUCAUGAAGAGUUUUAUGCAAUUUUGAUGUUGUUUAUUGAACGGCAUUAUUUGAAAGAGUGGGGUGGAUCCUUUGCCGAGAACUUUUAUGGAUUGAAACGAGUAUCGACAUCCUAUCUCAAGAGCCAUGCUGCCAAGUUUGCUUCUUCUGUCAAUGGGGGUCAAUCAUCCACACCUCCUCUCUCAAGAUCCCAAAUCAACAAGUCAUUGUUAAUGCUUGUCGGCCUUCCAUAUAUCAAAUGCAGGCUGGACCUGCUCUAUUCACAAGUCUCGGGUGGUUCAUCAGCAUCGCUAUUUGGAAGCAACGAACAGGAAGAACGGGAACGAGAAGAAUUGAUGGAUCCGGACACUUCAGCAAGGAGGAAAUUGAUGAUUCGCUUGAUUCAGCUCUUCCGCUUCGUCUAUCCUUAUGUGAAUGGUGCCUAUCAUGGUGCCAAUUUGGCCUAUGCCAUUGCUUACAUGUUCAACAAGACCCGAUAUUACUCUCCAUGGUUACAUCUCAUUGGAUUGGAAAUCAAACGCAUGAGCAUGGCAGAUUAUAGAUCUUAUUAUGACAAGAUGGCAGCAAGUGAAUCCAAGAAUAUAGCCACAUCCCCUCUGAGUGCCAUGUCAUCCGUAUUCAGCAAGGUGAUUGAAUUCCUCAAGGUGCUGCUUCCAAUGUCGAUCUUUUUCUACAAGUUUUUGGAAUGGUGGUAUUCUUCAGAAUUCGCACGUGGUGGCAAUAUGGGCGCUUUGGGUGCUGCUGCUGAUGAUGAAGAGGAUGAAAACACGAUUCCACCACCCGAAAAGAUCAAGCCUGAUUCAAGAGCUACUCCCGUUCCAUCCAAACCCAACACAUGUCCUUUGUGCUUGUCAUGCCCUAUCAACAAUCCAACGGCUCUCCCCUCUGGCUAUGUCUUUUGUUAUACCUGCGUUUACAAAUACGUCGAAGAUUAUGGACGAUGCCCUGUUACUUGGACAAAGGUGGAAAGAGGCACUGAAGAUCUUACCAAGGUGUAUGCACAAGGAAACAUUUAA